UCAAGUCAAGACACGACUGCCGGCCACGUCGUCCUUCGCAAUAUGCUACGCGAACCGCGCACGAAGACUAAUCAGCGGCUGAAGAGCGCUGCACUUCUCUCCUUGCUGCCGUUCUUUCUCUUUCUGCUGCUGACUUCGUCGCCUGCGACGCGGGCGCCAAGUGUCAGAGACCAUUCUGACGCAGACCACAAGACACACGAGGGGAUCGAGAAUACGGUGAUCGUGCCGGCGUAUCACGAGGCGGGGAAUAUCCCGACGCUGGUGAGGCGGGUGUUCAGUGCGAUUGAAAAGGAACUCGCGGAUGCUGGACGGACUGAGGUGAUCGUUGUGGAUGAUGAUUCGAGAGAUGGGACGGUGGAGGCGGUGGGGAUGCUGAAGGAAGAGGGUUACAGGAACGUCGUGCUUCUGGUGCGGACGGAGGAGGACUGGAAGUCGGGCAAUGAUGAGAAAGGACUGUCAAGCGCUGUUCUUCGGGGGUUCAAAGAGGCCCGCGGGGAGAACUUUGUGGUUAUGGAUGCCGACCUCCAACACCCACCCGAAUACGUGCCCGCAUUUUUCAAGGCUCUUGAAUCACACGCGUCGUUCGUUAUGGGCACGCGUUACGGCCCCGGCGGUGCGGUUGACAAGGACUGGCCCUUCUUUCGCAGACUGAUGAGCGGCGUCGCACGCAGUCUGGCGCGCCCCUUGACCGACACCUCUGACCCGAUGUCUGGUUUCUUUGGCCUGACCAGAGAGUUGUAUAUGCAAUCCUCACCAGUCAACCCCACAGGCUUCAAGAUCGCGCUCGAACUCCUUCUCAAGACGGGUGUUCCUUCCUCACAUGUAAGAGAGGUGCCCUACGCUUUCGCAAAACGCACAGUCGGCGCGUCAAAGCUCUCUAGCAAGACUGUUGUAAAAUAUGUCAUCCACCUCGGCACCCUCUACCGCUGGCGGAUGGGUUUUUUCGGCAUCAUUCUUCUUGAGGGGCUGUUAGUUGCGGGCUGUUGGGUCGCAUUGUACGCUGUCGAUGUGGGCGGAGUUGCAUGGCGGAAAUGGAGGCGGCAAGAACUGAGGAGGCGAGAGAAAGGAAGACUGGAUGUGUAG